AGAAAGGCUGUAAACAUCAGAUGCAAGUGACUUGUUGUAACUUGGACUUUUUGCAAAAAUACACGCGUAGGGUUUACCCCUUUCCAACACCUCCUCCUGUACCAAAGCCUCGCUUCGAUCACGCCCCACAAACUCGUCAGCGGAAUCCAGCGCUGGAAAACAGUUGGAUGAAUGAACCGGCCAGUGCAAGUAAAGCCUCCAAGCGAAAAUGCGCAGAAGGGACCGAUUCAGCUAAAAGAAAACGGAUCGCAGCUGCAGCGACUCAGCCAAAACUGAUGUCACAUCAAAGAGACGCAUUCACGUGGAGGGCGCUGCCGGAGCAAGCGGGUCUGAAAAUAGAGUGAAAACUGGGGACAAACUGAUCAACAGCCUCCUUCCCAUCAUCACUCAUUGUUUGGAGUGGCGCUGAUCGGAACUUGCGGUGACACGCUUGAGCUUCGCUGUCUCACCUGCCCAUCCCGGACGGCGGCGCGCUCUCACCUGCUCCAGGCCACGCCCCGGCACGCGCAUCAGUCUUCCAUGGCGGCAUCAGUCCAGUUACUUCUAGUCCUGAGUGUGGCCAGCACGGCCAUGGCCAUUUCCACUUGCCAAUUCUUCGACUUGGAGGACUUUAAGAUGAAGAGGAUAGAGGCAGUGCGGGGACAAAUUUUAAGCAAGCUAAAGAUUGCCGAACCGCCUGAAUCCUCGGUUGACAUUGACGAGGAAGUGCCCCGGGAGGUUAUGCUGCUCUAUAACAGCACGCGAGAGAUGCUCAAGGAGGACUCGGAGUGCGACCGCGAAAGCAGCGAGGAGGAUUACUACGCCAAGGAGGUCCAGAAAAUUGACAUGACUCCCAGGUUCGACAAUGUUAUAUCUACAAAUCUGUACAAUCCUUAUUUCCGUGUCAUUGGUUUUGAUGUUACAUCAAUGGAGAGGAAUUCCAGCAACUUAGUGAAAGCUGAACUUAGAAUUUUUCGUGUUCCCCAUCCAAAGGCCAAAGUUCUGGAGCAGAGGGUGGAAUUGUAUCAGUUGCUUAAAGCUAGAGACCCUACAUCACCCUCCCAGAGAUACAUUGACAGCAGAAAUGUUCGUCCCCGUACCAAGGGAGAAUGGUUAUCAUUUGAUGUCACUGAAACAGUCAGUGACUGGCUUUCUCACCGAGACAGGAACUUGGGAUUUAAGAUCAGCGUUCACUGUCCCUGCUGUACAUUCAUCCCUUCCAGUAACAAUAUCAUUCCCAACAAAAGUGAGGAACUUGAAGCCCGAUUUGCAGGUAUAGAUGAUGACUUGAUAAAGCAGUUCAAGAAGCCAGGAAAGGGAAGCAAAUUGGAUUACAGCAAUAAGACACCACAUCUGAUAUUUACUUUGCUGCCAUCAUACAGGAUGGAAUCUUCUCAAAAGAAAAGCAGAAAAAAGCGUACUGCAGGAGAUACACCAGCAUGUUCCAAAAACAUUGAACAGGGUUGUUGUUUGCGCUCUUUGUACAUUGACUUUCGAAGAGACUUGAACUGGAAAUGGAUACAUGAGCCAAAAGGAUACAGAGCUAACUUUUGUGCUGGAACAUGCCCAUAUCUGUGGAGUGCAGAUACACAGUACAGCAUGGUGCUGCCAUUAUACAAUAAACUGAAUCCAGAAGCUUCAGCUGCCCCUUGCUGUGUCCCUCAGGAUCUGGAACCAUUGAGCAUAAUUUACUUUGUUGGGAGGACAGCUAAAGUGGAACAGCUGUCCAAUAUGGUAGUUAAAUCCUGUAAAUGUCGAUAGUACACCUGUACAGCACAGAUUAACACAGAAGAUGAAAUAAGGUUAUUACAUCUAUGCAGUUUUAAUUUCCAUUACUAUUUUAGUGGGAUGAACUGGACUUCAUAUCUCUCUCUCUCAUAGCAAAAUCUCAUUUUGUAAGUCAACACUUGUAUUCUUUUAUUUUUGAGGGUUGUGGGUCAUUUGUAUUUUAUGACAUUGCUUUUCAUUUUUUACUUAUGGGUUUGGGGAUUUAAGACCUCUGAACUGGUAGUUUAAAUUACUUCUUAUAAGUUAUAUUAAUUUUAAUUUUUUUUUAUUAAUUUUUGUAUGAAUAUUGUUUGUUUUAUUUCUUUUUUAUAUCUUUACAGUUUAAAAAGUAUAGUUGAGACUUGGCCUUGUGUCCACUGGCUUGAUAACUUGAUGUAAUGUGUGUGUAAGUGUGUGUAUACGUUCAUAUAUGUAGACAUUUUGUAUAUAAAAAUAUAGCAGUGCGACCCCUUUUUCAGUCAUUGGCUAUCCAAUAACUCUGCUCUCCAAUUUAAAUCGGCAGUGUGACCGCAUCUUCUCUAAAGCAUUGAACAUAUUCGUGAACACUAUCAAAUGCAAGUUCAAUUUGUGUGUAUGAUGAUGUCUUUUUCAGUUACAUGCAACAUUUCCAGAAUGCAUUUGGUCCUACCUGUCUUUGGAGAUGCUAAGAUUUGAUUGGUUGUUCAGUUGUACUUGUUCAAGCACAUGUAGAGUACAGUACUUCUUCUUGUAUAUAAUAUAUCCAGCCAUAUUUUCGCUGCCAUAUUUUAAUCUUUGGCUGAAGUUAACCUUAAAUCAAAAAUGAAGAGAAUUAUUAUUAGUUAUAAUUAAAUUAUUUAUUGAUCUUUGUUUAAAAAUAUAUAAUUCUAAUUUAUGUUUGCCAUUCACAGUUUCAGAAAUGCUGCAUUAAUAUAUACAGUUCACAUAGAAUAUGAUGAUUUUAACAGUAUUCUUUUCCUUAUAACCUGUUGUAUAGUAGUAGUUAUCAAAAGAGUUCAGUAUGCCCACCAUUGUGAACAGAAAUGAUGUAAUAGUGUGGGCUUCUUCAUUUUGAAUCAAACAGCUUAUUUAAGAAAAUAGUGUAUAUCACUUUAUAAACUUUAUCACCAAAGUGAAAUGAAAAAAAGGAAUUUUAACUCAUACAGCUAAAGAAAUUAGUAUUAUAGUUUAAUUUAAUUCUGGAUAUAAGAUAAUAUUUAAUAUUUGAUCUGUUUAGAAUCCUUAAAUAUGGAUUAUGCCUCUCUAAUCCAGAAUCAUAUUGGAUUAAUAAGGUUCAAAGAUGGAUGGAUGGAAUUAAUGACAAUUUGUGAAUUACUUACAUAAUAACAAUUGUUAAUAUUAUAUUGUAUUAAGUAUAAACUAAAAAAUAUAGUACAAAUGAUCUAAUUACAAACACUAGCUUUAAAUAUCUCCCAACACGUAUGUUAUAAAGAUGUUUUAUUUAGAUCACUUUUGAACUACUCAGUUAGAAGUUUGAUUUUAAUUAAAUCAAAUUAAUUAAUAAACUGGCAAAAAACAUAAUUCACAGCAUGCUAGUUUGAGUCUCUUGGCCUGCCUGGACUCUAAUUAUGAUUUUUUUUUAAUGUUAUGAUAUGCAUUCGUAGCAUGAUUUUCAAAGGAAUUUGUAUAGUUUAUGUGGAGUUUUCACAAUUUUCCACAAGUCAAAUGGGAUUUAACUGGAGUUUCUCAAUUUUCCAUUCACCUCCCAAAGACAUUCUUAUUUAGGUUGAGUGGCAUCUCUGAAUUGGCCUAGUGUGCCUGAAUGUGAGUUUGUGUGGAUCAGUUUACUGUCUUGCACCCAGUGGUGCUAGUAUGGGCUCCCCUCACCAUGUCAUGAAAAUUCAAAUUAAGUGAAUUUUAAAAGAAUGGAUGGAUAGAUGGAUGGGUUGAUAGAGUGGCUUCUAAAAAUUCUGCAUGUUGUAUACAAUAAAUUAUCACCUAAAAACAUUCAGUUAUAGCUUCAGUGACUAAUAUGAAAGUGUCUGAGGUAAGUUGUAACUUGCCGAUGUCUUUCUAGUCAAAUACGGUAUACUAUACUUAAAUAAACCAUAGACAUAAGGAAAGAUUUGAACAUUUUAAAGCAAUCUGGGCAGGGGGGAUGUUUUUUUAAUCUGGAAGACUAGACACUACAGCUGUGAGUGUGGUUUAUGACAGAAGUGUACAUUGGAACUCUGAUCCCAUGGGGCCAAGUAAAAUUGUGGGUAUGGGACCUUUUCCCUGUUGCGGAAAAUUAUUAUUCAGAAUUGAGAUUGUGGGACAAAUAUGGCAUGACAAAUUGACCUUAAUUUCCAACAAAACUCCAUUAAAAUUUUUUUGUUUGAAUACUAACAAAACCAUUGUGUUGUAAAAAUGCUGUCUUGUUUAUGUAGUCUAAUGUCCAAUUUUAGUUGUAGAUGUUAUUUCUGAGAAAAAGAUAUCCAAAAUGUAUAGAGAAAACAAGCAAGAGCUGGAGCUGUAAAAAGUAAAAAGUGCAAUUAAAACUAGCCAACAUUGUGCAAUUAAAAUGAUUGGUUUAAAGUACAGAUGGAAAAAAGCUGAAUCAUCUGACCUGUGACAAAUGUGGCAAAGUUUUUAGUUAAAAUGGACACAAACUAAUAGCAAAAUGUGUGGAAUAUUUGAGUGUAAAGACAUUCAUUCUUACAACUUUGUAGCUGGCAAAGGUUUUACGUGGUUAGCUCAAUACUUUAUUGACACAGCUGCGAAGUACUUAAGCUUCGAUGUAUCCAAUAUUUUGCCUCAGUCAAGCAAUAGUGUCUAGGCAUUUAAUGUAAUGAUGGAUAUCUAGAAGAUGGGAAUGAAUGGUCAGAGAUAACUACAGAUACAGGAAGAAGUAGCCACAGUGUCUGCAGGAGCAUGCAGGCAGAGGAGUAAAAAGACAUAGUUAGAAAUUCAUCAAUAAUAUCACUUGAAGCUAUUGCCCAUGAGAUUUUAUCAUUUCAUUAAUUUAAAAUGGGUGAGAAAUACUCAGAAAUGAAAUCCACUGCCAUUCAGCUUCAUAGAUAAUGAGAGCAGAGGAACUGGAUGCUGAAUGUUAAAAUGGGAAAAAAUGUUGAACCUUUUUAGAAACAGCAAAAAUCAAAUGACUUGUUUAAUGUCUAAGCAGAUUUAUAGUGUAUAUUAAUCAGGUAAAUGGUGCUGGCAACUAUUAAGAUUGAUCGUAAAAUAUCCAAUUUUACUAUUUAUUGUAUGGGUGUGUUGUGUUUGAAAUUACAAGGCCAUAUCUGAGGAAAAGUGUACAUUUUAUGUAAAUGAAGAGAUUUUGAGAGAAAUGGGUGAAUCAAGGACAGAAUUUCAAAAUUAACUUUGUUUGCUUUGAAAUAUACUAUUGUUACCUGAUAUUAGUGGUGGAGUAAAUUGUUUUUCAUCUUUACGACAUCAGUUGUUAACAGUUGAAACUACAAAUGCUUCUGACUGACAAAAAUUGACAGAUGAAUGUCUAAAAUGUAUCCCAGUAUUUAUAGUAUGAUCAACAGUCCACGGUGAGUGAUCUAGUUAUUAACAGUUGUGUUAAUUAACAUUGGGCUUGACUCUUCUUAAGUGACAGUUUUCCUCAGGACUAUAACAAUAAAUUGGUGUAUAGGAUAAGAUGCCUACUCCUGAAGUUUUCCUUAAUUUUAAUAUUUAAGUCGGAUAUCUUGACUGUAGCAUGCUAUGAGGGCAAGUGCACAUAUGCCAUGUACCUGAGAUCAAAAUUAUCAUGUCCUGAAAAUGGCCAGUAAUGCAGUUAAUUUCUGUUUUGUAUUUGUCUAAACAUAUGAUGUAACUGUAAGAAUUGUGAUGAAAUGUAAUGUAUUUUCUUACAUUGCCAUACUAGACAGACUGUAAAUAUAAAAAACUGUAAUGUUUCCUAUUUCAUAUUAUGUAAAAUGGUAAUAUAGUUAGUAAAAUAAUGUGUUUAUUAUGUGGUGUUAUUUGUCUUUCUCAACGGGCCUUUUAAGCUUAGCAUUGUGAGUGUUUAAAAUUAAAUCUUUAUAUUUGUACUUUGUUUCUAAAAAUUCACUCAUUGACAUAAAUUUUUACCAUUAUACAAAGGAAUAUUUUCUGAAAGAUUAAAGCUGCUAUUGGAUUUUUAUCCUUCCCCUGAAAAAUGCGUUCCAGUUGUAGUCCUCAACAACAAAAUAAGAUUAAGAUGAAACACAGUGGAGUGUACUGCUCCUAUGUUUGUGACGUGAGUUAGUCUCUUCUAAUCUUUAUUUGCCCAAAUAUUCCUGUUUGGGAUAUAAUUAAUAAUAUAAUAAUCCUGUAACUUGUACUGUAUUUUGUUUUACAAAAGAUUCCAGUCACUAUUUCAGUGCUUCCCAAAUUGGCAUAUUUGGCUAUUUCAUCUCAUUAAUGAAAUGUAAAUGAAUUAUAUAAAUAAAUCUCAAGCAAAGAAACUUGCAAAUUUGCACCAUUCUAAAGGAAGCAUUUCCAUUCUGGGAAAAAAAUCUACAGUAAAUACUAAUAAAUAUCCAGUAGUAAGAUUUCUCUGAUUUCCCUAGGACUUGUUUAGGGUUGUAAGUAACUUAGACAUCUUAGAAAACUAGAAAACUGAAUAUAGUUGUAGCACUCCCAGACAAAAAAAAAACAAAAUUGAGAAAAAUACAAAUAUUAGUGACUCAUUUUGCCAAGUUGAUGUGGUGGACUUACUUCUUAUUGAAUAGUUGUUGAAUAAAGAGCCAAAGUUCAAUUUCCUUGUUGUAUACCAACCCAACCUUAUAGUAAUAACAGAAUUGUUCCAUGAACCAUAUAUUGUUCAGGUGUAAACUUUUAAAUGCAUGCUUGCAUGUUUGUGUUUCAAAGCAGCCAACUUGUAUUUCUUAGUUACACUAGUUUAUUUAUCAGCUACUGCCAUGUGUGCAAAUCUGAAGAAAGUUUACUUUUUAUACUCUGUUUUAUAUUUAAGAGCUUAUUGUAUAGCACAGGCCAGCAAAAGAAAGCGUGUAUAGCAAAAAUAUCAAACACUUUUGAACAUCCAGUAUGUUUGCCAUACAUACAUAAAUUAAAAGGCGUGUUUAAUUACUCCAGUAGCCCUGAGCAUUCCCCAAGAUAUGUUGAGUUAUGUAUGCACUUUUAAAGUUUUACUUGCUGUUUGAAGUA